UCCCUCCCUCCCCCAUCCCCUACCCACAGGCAUGCGCAUCUGCACCACCGGGUACGUGACUGGCAUGCGAGGGAAUGUGUUGGAGCCCCAGGGUAUCGUGCAUGACGAUGUGGCUGUGGCGAAUAUGGAAAUGGAAUGUGACAAUGGCAAGGAGGUCAUCACCGGUGUCAUGGGGCAGAAGUUCACCCCUGGGAAGUGGGGCGAGUGGGCAAGGUGUGACAGCGGGUCGGCCGUGUGUGGCAUUCAGGUCAAGUGGGAGGAGCCUGUUUUGGGAGACGACGCAGCCACGACCAACGUCAUCCUCUUCUGCUGUACCCUGUAACAUGUUCAAGACACGUUCCGUUGUAAGGGGAUUCCCCAACGACUGUUAUGGUUUGGGUGAAUGACUGGUCGCCAACUUCAAUAAAGUUUAUUGCCUCUUGGACAUGAAAAUAAAAAGAAGAAAAAUAUUGAA